UUCAAAGUUGAGUCGUUUUAAGUUUUAAACGACCAGGACAGGUCGUCGGUCAGUCAUUUCAUUCCUCGUUGAUCACUCAUUACUUGAACUCGUUUGGUUUGUAUUUAUGUAGUAGAUACGGCAUGUAACACUGCCAACGGUUUCAUCUGAAGACUUUUACAAUCUUUUUUAAGUAAGAAAUUACAGGACACUAAAAUAUAUCAAGAAGUUGCAAUAAUAAUGGGGAAUUAUAUAAACAAAUAUUUUUUCCAUAAUACUGAGACCGAGAAAGAAGAAACAAUAACACAGCCUACUUCUACAGAUGAAGAAACUGUGGAUAAUAAUGUAUAUACUCCAGUAGCACAAAAAACAUUGUCUAUAGAUCCCAGAUCAGUGACAAGUGGUAUUGAUCGAACACCAAUAGAGGUAUAUUCCACUUCUGAGAGAUUAUACAGAAGAACACUUUCCGCAAUUCCAAAGCACUUACAAUGCAAACCAUACUUAGAAACAGAUAUAGAUACACUGCUAUUGUUAUCACCAAAAAAAUCUGCUCCAAAAAUGGAUGAUGCAAACUUACAAAAUUUAGAUGUAAAUUAUACAUUGUACAAAGAUUUCAAAACUUCAGAAAUGCAAUUGACACCAACAAUAAAUAGCUCAAUGAAGAAAACAAUAUUUCUGCCAAUAGAGGAAGAACGAUACAGUGUCUUAGGCAUUGACCCUAGAUCACCAGCUGCAGAUUUUGAUAGAACACCGAUGUUAAGACCAAAAUCUAUGGAACUUCUACUAGCUAGACACAAAGAAGAUAAGUUAAGACGUGGAAGUUACGAGGCAGAUGUCCUUUAUCCAAAGUUUUCAUACUGUGAAACUUCCUCACAGUUUAACAUACCUGAAAUACAAGCUUUACCUGAUUUAGCUGCAUGUAAAAUAAUAACUUCAAAUUUGUUCAUUAAUGAAGUUGAUAGUAGAUUAAAUGACACUGACUCAAGUUCAUAUUAUUCCCCUAAAACUGAGACAGAUUAUGGAGAAACACAAACGGACAGUGGGCGUGAAGAUGAAAAUAAAAUAACUUCAGAUGGUUGCAAUGAUGAAGACGUUAAAAAAAACAUGCAACAUAAGGAAAUUACUGGUAGCGAUACAAUCAAAAUAUGGAGAGAUUCAUUAGUAUUGGAUAAUCCCACUGAAUCUGAUUCAACUAAAACACAAGAUGUACAUGUCGAUGAGAAAAUGUCACAAUUGCCGAAACAAGAAGUCAUCAUAACGUUUGACGACGAUAGUAUUGCAAAAGAUGCACUGUCACUAAAAUUAUCUAAAUGUGAAAUAAAUAAAAAAAGGAUAGAUGUAACUAGAAUGAAAAAAAAGGCCUUAAAAUCAGAAGCCAAAAUUACAACAGAUGAAAAGAAAAUUUUCAAUUAUAAUGAUAAAAAUGGAAGCGAAAAUACUAAGACUCGAACCCCUCUUGCUAAUCGUUCAAACAAUGGGCAACAGGUAAUUAGAAAUAAAAUUAUGAAGUCUAGAGUUUCACAGGAGAAUUCAUCGCCACACAAAUAUAUAACGAAGUAUAAAUCAAGAGGUAUAGAAUGGGAUCCAGACUCAACAGUUAUUAUUUGAUAGUUAUUAUUGUUAGAAUCGUUGAUAUAAUUUUUUUAAAAUAUAGACAUUCCUUGGAUCUUUGUAAAAAAUAAUUGUGUU